AUGUUCAUUCGUCGAUUAGUUCAGACUACCCAAAGACAUUACUCAUCAAACUCGGUGAGAUUGUCAUUUGACAAGUACUCAUCCUCCUCGGACAAAUCGCCUCUUCUAAUUUGUCAUGGUCUUUUUGGCUCAAAGCAAAAUUGGAAAUCACUUGCCAAAGCCAUGGCUACACGUCUUGACCGAGAUAUUUACGCCAUUGAUUUGCGUAACCAUGGUGACAGUCCUCAUAUAAAAACCCAUACAUAUGAUGCCAUGGCCAAUGAUCUAAUCACAUUUAUUGCUGAAAACAAUAUUCAUAAACCAGUAUUACUUGGGCACUCAAUGGGCGGAAAGGCUGUCAUGACAACCGCAUUCAAGGCUCCAGAAACGGUCUCCAAGCUUAUUGUGGUAGACAUGCCACCGGUAUCUUUAAAGGUCUCGAGCAACUUUGCAACUUAUGUCGAAGCAAUGAAAGAAAUCGAAGCCGCAAAGGUCCGCAAGCAAAGUGAAGCCGAUGCUCUUUUGGCCCGACAUGAACCCAAUGUUGGGGUCCGGAUGUUUCUACUGACCAACCUUCGGCGCCAGGAAGACGGUACGAUGAAGUUUCGGGUACCCCUUUCGAUUCUUGGGCAGGCCUUGUCGGGCGUAGGUGGGUUUGAGACAGUCGACAGGGUUUACAACAACAAGACUUUGUUUAUUGCCGGUGGCAAGAGUCCUUAUUACCCACCAUUCCUUGAACAUGCUGAUCAAAUCAAACAAAUGUUUCCAAAUUCACGUCUCGAGGUUGUCGAAAACGCAAAUCAUUGGGUACACGCUGAACAGCCUGAACAGGUAUUGAAACUGGUUUCUGGAUUCUUGAAUGAUGAAGCAAAGUAAAAAAUAAUAAUAAAUAAGAUAAUAGAAU